AAAUGUACGUUUUUAUACGAUUAUUAUUUAUAUAUUACUGUAUAAGUAUCAUUAUACUGCUCAUACGGUAGAUACAAGCUGUAUAUAGUUUGUAGUGAAAACAACAAGGCUCGUUCAUCUAUCAACCGCGCACCUGGAAUCAGGUGCAAACACGAAAAGGGUGCGAUAAAUCGAGAUAAGAGCCCGUUUAACCACUUCUUUCAGAUAAUUCCGUCUCUAACACGCAAGCUAGACUCUCUUAUUCUCUCUUUCUCUCUCUCUUACACACUGUCUAUUGCAAACAACAUCAACAAUAACAAUAAUAAUAAUAACAACAACAUAUAGUUUUCCCACGUAAAUCGAUCAGAUGUGUAUACCAGAUCCUGUUAAAAGCCGUUUUAUUGUAUAAACAUAUCGAUCGGGGGUUGCAUUGAAUAAGCCUCCACACCGUACCGAAAAAUAUAUAUAAAUAUAAAUAUAAAUAUCAAGAUAUAAGAAAAUACACAGAGUUUAUACUUAACAUAUAGGAUGUAUAAAUACCGAUAUGUUUAUUUAUAUAGCUUAUAUACCUUUACGAAUUCUUAUUAUGUAGGAGCGUUCAAUUACCUAUUAAGGUAUGUUUGCCUUGUUAUACUGUUUAAAUAAAUUACAUGUAUUCAGCAUUCUAUCGUUAGCUUGGACACUUAUAUUCAAUUUUUCACCUUAAUUUUCGAUAGUGUUUCCGGCUUAUGUACACAAUAUGAAAGCUUUUCUACAUGUGCCCGCGUAUAUAUAAAUACAGACACAUACAUAUAAAUAUAUUAAACUAAACAAAGGAAAAGGCAGAAAUCUUUGGGCAAACAUAUUGUAAAUGAUAGGCGGAUAAACAUAAAGAUAGAGUGCGUGUUUACAGAACUUUUGCAGUAUUGAGAGGCGAGAUAAGUCCCAACCAUCUGUCUUGGUUAUCGCACAUUUUUCGAUUUGACAAACAAUGUUGCCCAAUUUCCACGUUUCUGUUAUUUUAUAAAAGAGAAAUGAAAAAAAGAAAUUUUAACACCUUUUGUUUGUAUAAAAAACUGUAUGUAAACCUAUACAAACAUAGGUGUAUUUAUAGAUGUACAGUAUAUACAUUUCCCUAAAUAAUCUACACUGCAGUAUGCUGCACAUAAAUUUCUAUCAAAAGUCUAAAUUGAAACAUUCAUUGUGUUUUAUAAAGGAUUUUGUUUGUUUUCUUUUUUCCCUUCUCAGUUAUGUUUUCUUUAUUUUCCUUCCUUAAUAGACCUUACGGAAGGAUAUGUGCAUUAAACUUUCGACACCAACUCUUAUGCGUAUAUUAUAUUACACACUAGUUUUUAUUUUACUACUACUUUGUUGUAGAAUCGAAAGUGAAUUGCUGUACAAAAUGCAGUCAGCUAAUAGAAGAUCGCUUCUUUCUUAAAGUUAUGGAUGAAUGCUGGCACGAAAAGUGUCUAAUUUGUUCCGAAUGUGGUGUGAGCUUGGAAAAGAGUUGCUUCGUGAAAGAUGGCCGAUUUUUCUGCAGGAACGACUACGAAAGGUAUUGUAUCAGAUUAUAUUAGUUUUAUCCGUUUGUAAUUAAUCGCCUUCCUUCCGUAAAUGCCCAUUAAUCGUAAUUAACAAAGAGACGGUCGACAUUGAAAUGUUACCCAUUGUUUUGUUGAUUGCGUAACAGAAUUUUUUUGUAUAGGGGAUAAUAUAUAUUGGCGAUAUAAUAGCCAUGCCCUCCUUUAUUCGUACCGUCGCCUUUUAACAAUACGCUUUGUAUUCAAUUAAGGUGUAAAUAAAGCGUUUAGUCGAGCGGUCAAGCAUUUUUUCUCACGUUUUUCAAAUUUUAUAUGAUCCUCUUUAAAGUAUAUAGUGUAGGCAUUCUAUCCUUUUUAUACUAUGUUUUCAAUUUAUAUAAUACGCGUUAUCUUAUAUAAUACAGGCUUAAAUAAAAUUAUUUGUAUCAAUGAAAAGCUUAGUUUACAUGUUUAUCGACAAACUAAGGUGUAAAAGCUACCGACUACAACCGCCGCAGCUACCUCUGCCUGCAAACGACCGAUAAGAGAGGUGUUGUGGGCCUAAAUAUAGGAAAGACUAAAAAUAAAUAUAUAAGUAUAAAGUUUUCGAAGGGCAAACAUUGCGGCUCCGUUUGAUCUGCAAAAAGAAAGGACAGUAAGCCUAGCGCAUGGCAGAUCGGACAGGGCGAUAAGAGCAAAGAUCAAUCGAUAGCUCCUUAAUCCGCCGCACCCUGAAAUAGCUCGUAAAAAUAUUCCGACAAUGGCCGAAAGACUUAACAACGACUCGUUAAAAAUUCCAACAGCUUUUCUUUUCCUUCUUUUUGCAGUUUGUAUUCAACAAAUUGUUGUGGUUGUCGGCGAAGUUUAUUAUACGGGACUUUUGUAAUGAGAACGAACUUGGGUCAAACUUUUCAUUUGGAAUGCUUUGCCUGUUCUAUUUGCCAUUAUCGGCUGCAAACUGGCGAUGAGUACGCUAUGAAAGAUGGCCAUCUACUUUGUAAGAUUCAUUAUGAUAAUUGUUUAAUUAAAUCUGAGCUUGAAUGGACAAUGAGUCCAAAGAGCGAUGAAGAAAGCAGUACUGAAGAGACUGACGGUCCGAAGGGACCUAAACGUCCGAGAACUAUCCUAAAUGCUAAUCAGAGAAGACGAUUUAAAACUGCUUUUGAAAUGAAUCCCAAACCUUGCAGAAAAAUAAGAGAAGUACUAGCGAAUGAAACAGGACUGUCACCACGAGUUGUUCAAGUGUGGUUUCAGAAUCAAAGGGCUAAAGUAAAAAAAUUGGCUAAACGUCAAUCUGACGGAAAUACAAGUCCGAGCGAUAAUUCAAAAAGGAAAAUGGCUGUAAAGAGAAAGAAAAAAGAUGAUCUCGUCGAAGAAACAGCUGAAAUAUUAAGUGAUAGCGCUUCGGAUUACUUACCAAACUCAUUAGACGGUUCAACGUUCAGGUCAAAUUCAAACUUUUUACAGGCAGCUUCUGGUUUACCGAAUCAAGCAAAUUCGUUUAAUAAUCCAAUAAAUAGACUUUAUUCCAUGCAAUCGGAUUAUUUUAAUAAUCGGGAUUAGCAAGUGUCUGAAAAAGAUAUAUAUUACAUUUCAAACUGUCUCAUAUACUGCCAAUUCUCUUACCGUUAAUUCUCUUAAACAGUGAAUUCGGUAUCGAUUUCGUUUUUAUGCCAUAAGUGCGAUAUAUCUACUAUAUGGAUUUAAUAUAUAUUUAUAUAAAUAUAUAAUAUGUAAAAAGAGGGAAAACUGAUAAUUUUCAUGUAAAAAAAAACAUUUUGAACAGUAUUGAAGUUGU